CUUGUAACAGUAUUUUUACAGUGUGGUAUUAGUACUUUCACUUAAGUAAAUGAUCUGAAUACUUCCUCCACCACUGGAAAUGUACAUUAUGCUUAGUUGGCAUGCACAUUAAAUGACAUAAUAUGGUUUAUCCACCCUUGUUUUUUCCCCCUGGCCUGUAUUGGGGACCGGCCAUUAUUAAUAUUAUUAUUAUUAUUAUUGUUGUUGACUACUUAUUUGAGAAAAUUUGAUAUAAAAUGUGACAGGUGGUUCAGGAAGAGUGACGUUCUCUCAGAACAGCAGAUUAUAUGUAAAUCAUACUCUCCUUGCCUCCUCCCCUCAGACCCCUCUUCUCCACGUCAAAACGGUCACAGAAAGUUGAAACUGAAAACCAGUGACACUGAAAAAACUGACAUGAAGAAAAAAUCAGAACAUUGUCUUUGAAAAACACAGAAUGCAAAAAAUAUUAAAAUAAAAUAAUUUUUAAUGCCUGUUUUAUUUGUCUGGGAGAAUCGCAGAUCCUGUUUUUCAUUUCUAAAUCGAAAAGUGGCCAAAGGCCAAGAAUUGGUUGCCAAUUUCUCAGAAUGGUUCCCAAUGGCAACCUGGCAACCGCAAAGACUGAUGUUUUCAUUUUUGUAGUUUUUCAAGGCUCUGUACUAUUUCACAAGGACAAAGCAAACAAUUUGAGAAAAGUCAGAAAAAAUGUACAAAAUCUUUAAUUUUGUGUAGCAGUAAUGAUCGUCACGUGAUCACCCACCCACUCCCACUCCCAAAAUCAAACCAUACUCUAAUUAAGUGUCACAUUAAACAUAUGAAGACGCUUUUGUUUUGAAAGUAGCCAUUCAAAUGAAGCUUGCUUCAAUCACAUGUUCUGACUGUUGUCGAGCCGGUACUGCGAUUAUGUGAACAAUUAUGACGUAGGACUGGCCUGUUUGGGAUCUGGGGAUUUUUCUGUUCUGAAAAGGUAUAAAACAGUAGAUGUUUCUGCACCCGACGGUUAGAGCUGACAGCAGCAGUCUGCAGAGCAGGGUGAGGGUGGGGAGUUUAAUGGCUGUGUAAGUUUAGGCUGCAUGUAAUACUGUAUAUUUAAACAAAAAAAAAAGAUUUAUUCUAGGGUAAGUGUGAGAACAUUGAGAAUAUUUGCACAUUUUGUAGUUUGUAGUUGUUUUGUCUCUUAAAACAAGAAUAAUGGCAAAUUCAACCUUAUCAAGUUUAUCUUAUUUCAUUCUUGGAGCUUAUUUGCACAUUGGAAAUUUAAGAUACUUCUGUUUCAUGAUAACUGCAUUUUUAUACAUUGUUAUUGUUAUUGCCAACACCUCUCUCAUCGUGAUUAUCUGUAUGAACAAAAGCUUACAUGAACCUAUGUACAUUUUUCUGUGCAGCCUGUUUGUAAAUGAGCUGUAUGGUAGUACAGGGUUGUUUCCUUUCCUUCUGGUUCAGAUUCUCUCUGACGUUCACACUGUUUCUGCUCCCUUUUGUUUCCUGCAGAUUUUCUGCUUGUAUACAUAUGCACAUGUACAGUUUUGUAACUUAGCCGUCAUGUCUUAUGACAGAUACCUUGCCAUCUGUUGUCCUCUACAAUAUAACACACGCAUGACAUCUAACAAGGUGUUUUUCCUUAUUGCUGUAAUAUGGUUGUACUCUUUUGGGAAAUUUCUAAUUACUUUAUCCUUAAACAUUUAUUUGACACUGUGUGGAAACAUCAUUAACAGCGUGUAUUGUCAUAACUACCUAGUUGUUAAGUUGGCGUGCUCUGACACCAAAGUGAAUAACAUUUAUGGACUUUUUGGUAUUGUUCUCACCAUUUUUGUCCCUCUGCUUCCAAUCCUUUUGUCUUACAUUGAAAUUCUCAAAGUUUGUUUUUCUGGUUCCAAACAGACCAGACAAAAAGCUGUCAGUACCUGCACACCUCACCUUGUGUCUCUGCUGAAUUUUUCUUUUGGCUGCUGCUUCGAGAUACUUCAGAGCAGAUUUGAUAUGACCGAUGUUCCCAGUGUGCUGCGUAUCAUUCUGUCUCUGUAUUUUCUCAUCAUACAACCACUUUUGAAUCCUGUCAUGUAUGGAAUGCAAAUGUCAAAAAUACGACAAACAUAUAAACAUCUGUUCUGUUAUAAAAUGUUGACUACUGAAUUCACGACGGUCAUCGACCUCAUCCGUGACGGUGAUGAGUCUGCAUACAGACGGGAGGUUGAACAGCUGGCCCUCUGCUGCGUUCAGAACAACCUGGAGCUGAACAUGCUCAAAACUAUGGAGAUGUCAGUGGACUAA